CCCCUAAAAUUAAAGUGCUCCAGACUUCUGGAAACUCCUCCGAGAAGUUGUCUCGUCUUUCUUCUCUCGAGUGCAGAAAGUCGCCCUCCCUCCGCACCCCCGCCCGUCCGCCGGGCUGUCUGCACUCCGAUCUUUGAGGGGCAUCUGGCGUAUCUUUGAUCUUUGAUGGGCAGAUCAUUCUAUGUAGAUUUGGUGGUAAACACAUGGCUUCUACUUUCUACUCCCACUUGCAAAGCUAUUGGCCGUUUUCCAUUUUCAAGACCGAUGAUUUGAAGAUCUCAGCACGGUUGGUUCGGAAGCUUUCUAUCCCGGAAGCGACAAAAGAGUUUGUUUUUGCCGUCCACGAACCUGAUUCGAAAUCCGUGGUGUAUAUUUUGGCCGCUCAGAACUUGUCGCACCAGUCCGCCUUAGAUGCGGAGUAUCUGAUAAAAGAAGUUCAGCCUAAAGCCGUAAUAGUUCAGGUUGCCCCGUCCGCACUACCUGAUAUCCAGUCCGAGGAAAAGUGCUUAAAAGAUGGGCGGGCAAAUAAUGUGCCCGCCUCGGCUUUUGAAGUGCUUAAAAAAUCCUUCUACGAGAAGAUGAACAAGGAGCAAUAUGAGAAACUAGCGGGGUGCCAGGUCUUACAAGAAAUUUUCGGGAUCGGAUUUUAUGGUCACUUUUUGUCCGCGAAAAGAGCUGCGGAAGAAAUCAAUUCAUGUUUCCUCUUACUCGAGUCUCCGUAUGAGAGCGCUUGCUCUGAAACUCAUCCGAAUGAUGCUAAAAGCGAGGAUGCAAGCACAGGGUUGUACCUACAAACGAACUUCUUUGUCCCUCACCCUGGGAAAGCGGCUUCAGCCGUGAGCUCAAAUUUUAAGCGGCUUUGCUUCACCGACCCACUGCAAUUGCGCAAGGUGAAAUCACUAGCCCCAUCUCUUGAUCUGUUAGCAAUGGAAACAGCUUCGUCGAAUUACGUUUCGGAGCAAAAGCCGGAGGAGUGUAAGCCAAUGGAGGUCUAUGAGGCUCCGCCUUUUGCACAAUCAGUAUACCCUCUACUCUCCGAUCUCUACAAUAUUUUCAUCGAUCUUCCGUCUAUGGGAAAAGCUCUCUUUUCCGCGCAGACGAUGCUCGCUCGUAUUAACGAAGGAGAGCCGGUCGAUGCCCAGAUUUUGUCAGAUGUAUACGCCUUCAGGAUCGCAAUCGAAGGUCUCAGAAUAGCCCUGAACAAUGCCGCUCGAUCUCACAUCGACAAGGUGGAGAAUGGCAGCUCACCGAAGCUGGACUUCAAUGCCCUUCCCCAUGAAGAUAAGUGCCAUGCGCUUUUUGCAGAAGCACUUAAAUCUCAGGCCAGAAAGUCCGGAUCGGUGGUGGCUAUAGUUGAUGCCAGUUGCUUAAGUGGUAUUAGGAGGCAUUGGAACACGCAUCUGCCUUUAGAGGUCGCGGGUUUCGCUGACAGUUGUUUUGCAAAUUAUGAUUAUAAAACUAACGACGAUCACCAUUCCAAUGACGGGAAAUUGAUGCAAAAUACAGAUAAAAGAGGGCUUUUAGCCGAUAACCCUGUGGUUGCGGUCGGUGCCGGAGCAACGGUGAUUCUCGGUGCUUCUUCUCUAUCUAAAGCCGUCCAUGCAUCUACUCUCUUCAAGCUUGCCGCUUAUAAAGUACCCGUUGCCCUAAAAUACAGUUUAACACAAUUACAAAGAACGGCCGCUAUUGGACUUAGUAAAAUCCUCGCCCCCUCGAAACUCAUCUCACCGGGAAUCGCGAGCGCGGGGGCAAAGUCUUCCGCUUUGAAGUUCACAGCUUCCGCCGAGAAAAUACGUGCGGUGACCCACACCGUUGUAGCUUCAGCCGAAAGAACUAGCUUGCUGGCGAUGCGGACCGCAUUCUACGAGAUUAUGCAGAGGAGACGGACGCAGCCGGUCAGGUUCGCUCCGUGGCUCACAUUCGGUUGCAGUGUGGGCGCCUGCGCUGGGCUUCUAUUGCAUGAGGAUGCGAUCGAGUGCGUGGCGGAGUCGAUUCCUGCAGUCCCGACAAUCGUCUCCUUGGGUCGCGGCCUUCAGAGCUUAAGGGACACCUCUCUGGAGGUGAGGGGGACGAGCGGCACGAAGAUCCAGGAGGCUUUGCAGUCACUGAUGUACAAUCUAAAGAAAAUGAAAGUUCAGUGAUGUUAUGUAAAGAGCUACAUGUUUUCCGGUGCAAUUUUUGAGACAUCUAAAGUGGAGUUUGUGUAGCUUCGAUGAUUUUGAUAUUGUCAGAUAGAUUCAUUGAACCUGAUCAUUACCUAGUAAUUGAAUUUGAUCAGAUUCAAUGAAUAUAAUCUAUGAUCUAUUUGUGGAUAUAAGGUACGUGGGUCUAAAAGAAUAGUGACCACAUCUGUGGAUUGAAUCAUGAAAGAUACAUUGUACAUACCAUUUUUGUUUACAAAGUACCUUCAAUAUAGCUUUGUAUUUUUUCGUUCCGCGCUUGUUGUUAGUGUUUUAAAUCUCUUUUAUCGAA